AUGUCGUUCUUCUUCAGCGCUGAAGCGCUCUACUUGAUUGGUUUUUUGGUUAUCGUCUAUGAAAUCAGAAAGAUCGUGCUCCCUCCUUCAAACUUUCCCAAAAAUAUACCCACCAUUCCGUUUUAUGCCAUUCUUGUAGCCAAGUACAAAGGCUGGGACCAGGAACGGCUUUUCAACGAGUACUAUCGUGAUUUGGUGGAAAAGCACGGUGCAGUGAAGGUGUACUUUGCUUCGAUGUGGAACAUCUUGGUGACCAAGCCUGAGUAUCUUUCACAAAUCUUGAAACAAGACCAGGUAUACGAAAAAUGUGGGAACCAGAUCAAAAUCCCGUGGUCCCUUUUGUCUCAAUACACCGGGGACAACGUCAUUAGUGCCAGCACGAACAACUGGAAACUCUAUAGAAGUGUGAUAUCCAACAGCAUUCUUUUUCCUGAUUUGGAGCCACUUGCGAAAAACACCCAAAAGCUCUGUGAACAUUUAAAAAAGUUUACCAACAGUUACACUUCAGUUGGGGACAUCCUCCAAAAAUACACUUUGGCCAACGUCGGUGAAUGUAUAGUUGGACUCGACUUCAAGACCUGGGAUGAUGCUAAACACGCACCACUUUACAACACUUUGAAGCGCUUGAAGCAGCAGCUAUUCAGACCUCUUUUCUUCUACUUUCCUGUUCUAGACAUGUUUCCAAUAAGAAGCAGAAUGAAAGCCAGAAGGUCUGUGGUGGAGUUCAAGAAUACCUACAUGGACGCACUUUUGGCUGCAAAACGGUCUGAAAACGGCAACAAGCUCGGUGUCAGGCUUUCUGAGGCGUACGAAGACGGCAAAAUCAGCGAAAAGCAGUUUCAAGAUAAUGCUGUGAUUGCGUUGGUGGCUGGACAUGAAAACCCACAGCUUCUUCUCACCUCUUUGGUUUACGUUCUUGGGAGAAACCAGAAGCUUCAGGAAGACAUAAGAAAGGAGAUUGCAGGUUGUGAAAAUCUCAGUGAAUGCUAUUUGCUCAACCUGACCAUCAUAGAAACACUCAGAUUGUACCCUCCAAUCGCCCAGAUCAUCAACAGAAGAACCUCUUGUCCCACCGUUCUUGGUAAGGAUAUCGUCAUUCCCAAAGGCGUCUUUGUUGGGUACCACAACCUUUUCACCCAAAGAGACCGUAACUACUGGGGUCCGAAUGCCGACGAAUUUGAGCCUUCGAGAUGGGGUCUGGAUAUCAAAGAGGUUGCACUCUUCCUGCCUUUCACGGUAGAGCUAGAGCCUGUUUAG